AUGCCCAUAACCGUGCAUUCCUACACCCUCCCCCCAACCCCUCUCAUCCCAAACUCGCCCCAACCCCUCCUGCACUACCCAGGCCUCUUGAAAGAAACCGUGACAUGCCGCACCUUCACACCCACGCAACUGCUAGAUGUUUAUGCGAAAAACGGGUGGCAAACCCAAUGGAUCGCAAAGUACGGACCAGACAUCCAAUCCCACUACCACUCGACGACGCACGAAGCCAUGACGGUUAUAUCGGGUGAGGGCGCCACCAUCCGCUUUGGCGUUGCCGACGCGCCCGGAUGGACGGCGGGUGCGUAUGCGCCUGGGGAGCGAGGCGAGCAGGGUGAGGAAGGCGGUAUAGAUAUCGAGGCGGGAAUCGGCGAUGUUUUCAUUGUUCCAGCGGGUGUGGCGCAUAAGACGUUUGCGCCGCGACCUGAGUCGGGGGAAUUGGCGUUUCAUCAGCCUGCGGAUGUUGCGGGGGGGAGGGCGGCGGUGGUAAAUGGUGAGGUUGAAGAGGAGAGGAGGAGGUUCUUUGAGGCGGUGCCGAUUAAGGGCGAGUUUAUGAUGAUGGGGGCGUAUCCGUAUGGGGGUGUGUGGGACUUUAAGAUUGGAGGGGAGAGGGGGAGGGAGCAUGUUUGGACGGUGCCUGUGCCGGAUAAGGAUCCGGUGUUGGGGGAUAGCAAGGAGGGGCUUGUGGGGUUGUGGAAUUGGUAUGCGCUUGAGAAGUAG